UUCCCCUUCUCCAUUUGGACGCCCACUCGCAUCGCCGACGAAUUUCUCGCUAGGGUUUCGCGGAUCAAGGCGGCGGCGGCGGCUAGGGUUUCGAGGCGGGCCACAUGGCCUCGCCGGCGGCGGAGGGGGACGCGGUGAGCGCGGGGUUCGCGGAGCUGGAGCGGCAGCAGCAGCUGCUGGCGAGCUGCACGAGGCUGUACAAGCAGCUGGAGGAGCACUUCGCGUCGCUGGAGCGCGGGCUGGCGGCGAGGUCGGACUCGCUCCGCCACAAGCGCCGCGCGGCGGAGGCGCGGGCCUCGGCCGCCAUGGACUCGCUCCGCCGCCGCGAGGCCUCCAUCGAUGGCUCCGUCUCCCGCGCGCUCGACCACCUCGACGACCUCGCCUCCGCCUCGUCGGUGCCGUCCGACGCCGCCGCGGCGGCGGAGGGGGUGGCCGAGAGCCUGAGGGCGAUGUGCGCCAGGAUGGACUCCGCGGGGUUCUUCGGGUUCGUGGUCGCGCGGCGGAAGGAGGUGGACGCGCUGCGCGCCGAGAUGCCGCCCGCGCUCAAGUGCUGCGUGGAUCCAGCCAAAUUCGUCAUGGACGCGGUCGCCGACGUGUUCCCCGUGGACCGCCGCGAGGCGAAGAACCCCACCGACCUGGCCUGGGCGUGCGUGCUCAUCCUGGAGGCGGCGGUGCCGGCGCUGGCCGAUCCUGACCCGGAGAUUGGGGCGGCAAGGCUACUGGUGCCGCGUGCGGCGCGCGAGCGCGCGCGGGGGAUGGCGAGGGAGUGGAAGGAGGCGGCGGAGCGCAAGGGCGGGGUGGAGUGGACCAAGCCGCCCGACGCGCACGCCUUCCUGCAGCACGUGGCGACGUUCGCCGUGGCGGAGAGGGAGGACCGGGGGAUUUACCGCAGGAUUGUGGUCAGCUUCUCGUGGCGCCGACAAAUGCCCCGCCUCGCGCUCACCCUCGGCCUUGAAGAAGACAUGGCUGAUAUUAUCGAGGAACUAAUUGCUAAGGGGCAGCAGCUUGAUGCUGUGAAUUUUGCGUACGAGGCUGGUCUUCAGGAGAAGUUCCCCCCAGUUCCUCUCUUGAAGUCCUACCUGGCGGACUCGAAGAAGACUUCAUGCACCGUUUCAGAUAAUUCAAGCACCAGCAGUGGUCAAUCUGGGAGCAAUGCAAACAAGAAAGAGCAAUCCGUGCUGAGGGCUGUUAUAAAGUGCAUUGAGGAUCGCAAACUGGAAGCUGAGUUUCCACUGGAGGACCUUCAGAGGCAGCUUGAAGAACUGGAGAAGGCCAAGACUGAGAAGAAAAAGGCAACUUCAAGUGCGUCCAGCGGCGGUAGCAGUGGCCCUGCCACUAAGCGCAUCCGGGCAAGCAAUGGAGGCCCGAUGCCUCCUGCGAAGGCAGGUCGUCUCACUAACAAUGCUUGUGUGUCUUCUACCCCAGCUGCCACCACCUUUGUCCGCUCCCCCUCGCACACAUCGUACGCCAUGGCCUCCCCCUACCCUUACGAUAGGCCGGUUGGUCAUGGCCUCUACUGCAACCAAAGCCCACCGGCGAUCAGGGAGCCAUAUGUCUACCCAGCCAAGGAGGUAACUAAUUUUGCGCCAGGUUUGCCGUACUCUUCCCCUCCCAUAAGCUAUCCCCACGCCUAUGGCGGGUACAACAAUGGAAUGGGAGCUUACAACAAUGGAAUGGCACCUGCCUUCCACCAGGCUUACUACCGGUAGGAUCAGUCAGGAAAGUCGCUGAUGAAUGACAUGACAAAUAACUGAUGAUGUCGACGACAACUCAAUCUGCACAAUGGCUCAUAUUUUGUAGUGACUGACUACAAACGGUAGGUUGGGUAUCUCAUCUUAUCUGUGCUUACUAAGUUACCACUACUACUAGAUGCACUCUACUCUGCAUUGUGUUAGGUUAUCUCAUGCCUAGAUCACUACUUUGUACUACCACUAAGAAACCUGGAUGUAAAUUAUGUACGCUACCAUUGAGACUGUACUGCAUUAUGUAAUUCUGUUCAGAAACAAUGAAAAAAACACCCAAAAAAAUAAACUAUCAUGUAAUCCUUCGGCACCUUGAUGGACCACUUAAUCAAAGACAAUUCUUAGUUUAGCAA